GUACCACACUGGGUAUCCGACAAGAAUAUUAAUCAAUACAAAAAUGGAAAAUCUGUAUGUUCAAGGGAACAAUAAAUAGCAUGCUUGACGAAAGGGGCACCCAUCGUUCUAUGUCUGAUUCUGGGUUGAUGUUUUCCAAUAAAAUGCCAAAUGCUGCAUGACGUCUUUCCAACACACAAGACUACUGUAAUUUGCUCUGUGUGGGGUUAGCAUUGAAGGCAACUGAGAAGCUACGGCUGGUGCAACAGCUAGGUUAUUCAUGGCCGCCUUCUGUCAUGAUUCCACAUACAUAUUUUGCACCAGCUGCAUUGACUGCCAGUGGUUUUCUGGAUUCAGUUCAAGAAGUUGGUUGUUACCUUUAACAUGACAUAGGACCCAUAUACCUGCUGGACCCACUUCCCUCAAAACAGCAGCUGGACAUUAACAAGCAAGUAAAUACGUAUGGAGUACAGAGACACCCCUAAGAGAUUUUUCCAGUAUUCUGAUAUUCUUCAUAUAUUUUGUGACCAGGAAUGAGUAUCCUUCAAGGAAAAGAAGAUAUUUUUGCAGACUGCAGAAAGAAAUUCUGGAACACAUAUAAGACAGGGUUGAUGUACUGGCCUUUUGUGCAGCUUUCCAACUUCAGCCUAGUCCCAGUGUAUCUGAGGACGGCCUACACCGGCCUGUGCGGUUUUAUCUGGGCAGUUUUCCUAUGCUUUUCUCAACAAAGUGGCGACGGAACUGCCAGUUCAGCUUUCAAGAUAUUCCAAGAAGAGGAGACUGAACCGGACAAGAUGGCAUCACCUGGGAAGUAAAUGCUUUGCUCUUGUCACCUGAAGGAGGCAGUGAGCGGCGCUGUCAUGUCAAGCCACUGUGCUUUCUUUGCAUAAAAGAGAGAAAACUGAAAAUGAGUUUGCCGGAGCAAUGACCAAAUUGACAGUUUGUUGUUACAGCAGGAAUACAGUCACAACAGGAACCUGUUUGGAAAGAGUCUGGCUACAUUCCCACAUAACUCCUAAGGCAGGGCAGAGGACCGUUCCAUUGCAGGAAGAUGGAUCACACCCCCAUAGCCCUCUGUGGACUAGAUAAGUGGAAGGGUUUCAGCUGGCCUAUUUUAGGAGCCAAGUGGGCCUCAGGUGGGACUGGUCCAGUUCCUUCAUCUGCCUGUUGACCGGACAUUCCUACUUUCUUUUACUGCUAUUCCAAUACAGGAUAAGGCCUGUCAGAUAACUGCCAUGGAGAAAUCGUAUUUGAGGCAAAUUGCUCAUGGGAAAUAACAGUUGAAAUUUGUACUGUGAGGAGAACAUACCCUGCUAACAGGAAACUAGUAUAUUCAACAAAAACAAGACUACUUGAAGGAGGGUUU